AUGAAGGUGGAGGUUUCCAAGUCGAUGCGACCUCCCCUGAAUUUGGGUUUGAAAAUUGACGACCCUGGGGAUGACAAGUUAAUUGAUAUUGUUAGGUUGAUUGACGGUUUGGGGUUUUCCUUCGUUGUUUUGAACUUAAACAGCUUGGCCUCCAGAUCGGAACCGGCUGGCCAUAAUCCCUCGGAAGAACACUCAGAACCCGGGAUUUUCAGCUCUGAUGGAAGCAUAGAUGUUUUUAAAAACUUCAGUCCCCUAGGAAGGAGCGAUUUGGCCCUAUCAAACGAGAUCUGGACCCAGAGAGUCGUCUCCUUCAUAAAAACAAACAGCUUCGACACCCUCAAGACGCAAAUUGAGUGGUCUUGUUACGUGUCCGCACACGCUAUCUUGAUCGACUUGGAGGCGAUUUUGGCCCUCAACGACUCAGACCUCAUUUCGGAGACUGGCACGCCCAUGGAUGUCCUGGACAGGCUGGUCCACUUUUGUCAAAUGGUCUCCUCGUACCUGAGCCGCGGGACUCCUACGACCAUUUGGCUAUCCAUGGACUUCUGCAGCCAGUCCUGGAACACCUGGUACAUGGUGUACGAGCUCUGCGGCUUCAGCGACAAGCUCAAGGCGUGCCUGAAGCUGAUGCCUGUGGAGACCGAGAUUGGGAUGUGGCGGGCCGAGCCUGUGAAGUGCGUGAUGGUGUCCAGCAGCUGCUUCUCCAGCUCCGGUACCAGGGUGAAGAUGGACAAGAACAUAUCAGACUACCUGGUUUUUUUCAUGAGUCGCAACCUCAAGGUCAUAGUUGACUCCGAUUUGGACUACCUGGAUCUGGUCAACGACCCUGCCCAGGACUCGGGUCGGAUGGCUCCCGAAGCGGAAAUGUCGGUGGACUCGCAGAUCGGCAUAAAGGACAUUCUGGGGAGUAUUAGGAAAAUAUACGCGAGGCUAGGGCCGCUGACUGUGCAGGAGCACUACGGUCGGGGCUACGAGGACGUGCUGCAGCUCCCGCUUCAGCCCUUGAGGGACAACCUGGACUCAGUCACGUACAACGAGUUUGAAAAGUGCUCGUUCAAGUACAACGCGUACAACACUGCAAUCAACGCGUUCCUGGGCAAGUGCGGCACCUCUUUAAAAACCGGGGAGACUUAUCUGAACGAACCCGAAGACAGAGCUGACCUGAGCGGCUCCAUGGAGUGCAGUCGGCCGAGCGCCGACGAUCGGGUUCACUACAUUGUGUACGUCGUGGGCGCUGGGAGGGGCCCACUGGUCGACAUAACCCUGGAGCUGUUCAGGCUCAACGGCAUAACCAAUUUCACGGUCUACGUCAUUGACAAAAACCCGUACACGAUGAUAACCCUCAAGGACAAAAUGCGCAGGAAAACCUGGUCCAACGUGAAGCUCAUAUGCACAGAUAUGCGCUACAUAAAGGACGUCGUUAGGAACAGCGGCACCUUCAGAGCCGAGGGCACUAGGGAGGACGUCGUCCUGGUCGUCAGCGAGCUGUUGGGCCCCUUCGGCGACAACGAGCUGGCCCCCGAGUGCCUCUACGGCUUCGAGAGGAACUUUGGGCCCUCGGACCGAAUUCAGUUCAUUCCCGAAAGCUACACCUCGUUCGUGAUGCCCCUCCACGCUCCUCAAAUUUGGGCCAAGAUCAAGAGCUUUUACAACUCGAAGAACUUCCACAUGCCGUACACAGUGUUCUUGAGGUCCUGCUGCUCGGCCGCAACCGAGUUCAUGGAGUGCUUCACCUUCGAGCACCCGGGGCCGGGGCUCAGGGGCGACUGCGAGGGCCGGGGCUCAGACGGCGCGGACCCCUGCGAGAGGCCCAGUCCCUCGGAGAACUACCUCGAGCGCUACCGCGUGAUCAAGUUCGUCGCGGCCAACGACUGCUACGUCCACGGGUUCGGAGCAUACUUCAAGUGCACGCUCUUCGACGACGUCCAGAUUUCAAUUCUCCCUGAGGACACCGAGAACAUCAAAAGCUGGUUUCCCAUGUUCUUUCCCAUUGAGAUCCCCUUCUUCGUUAAGAAAUCGCAGGUCAUUGCACUUCACGUCUGGAGGAAAACCGACCCGCUCAGGGUCUGGUACGAAUGGGCCUUCACUACUCCGACCACCACAGCAAUACACAACGUUAACGGAUUCUCAUUUAGCAUCUCAAAAGGUUGA